GCUUGCCAGCCCUUAACAGCUGACUGCAAUCGCGCUUGCAAACGUUUUUGCGGCGUUUCUUUUGUUGUUUUUAUAUUAUUGGAAAACAAACAGAAAAAUGGUUGAAAAUAUAACAUCGGCGCUGCAUGUUGAGCUUAAAUUUGACGAGGAGGACGUGCCGUAUGAGGAGGAAAUUCUUCGAAAUGCAUAUUCAGUAAAGCAUUGGCUCCGCUACAUCGACCACAAGGCUAAGGCAGCCAACCAUGGAGUGAAUCUGGUCUACGAGCGUGCUCUUAAGGAGUUGCCAGGUAGCUAUAAGAUCUGGUACAACUACUUGCGUACACGCAGGAAGCAAGUGAGGGGCAGAAUUCCCACGGAUCCCAUGUACGAGCAGGUGAACAACACGUUCGAACGGGCUUUAGUGUUCAUGCACAAGAUGCCACGCAUAUGGAUGGACUACGGCACAUUCAUGAGCUCACAGUGCCGCAUAACGCGUACGAGGCACGUCUUUGAUCGCGCACUGCGUGCGUUGCCGAUAACGCAGCAUGGACGAAUUUGGCCUUUGUAUCUGAAGUUUGUGCAGCAGUACGAGAUGCCCGAGACUGCGCUGCGCGUUUUCAGACGCUAUUUGAAACUGUUCCCUGAAGAUGCCGAAGAAUACGUUGCGUACUUGCAGGAGGCUGGUCGUCUGGAUGAGGCAGCUCAGCAGUUGGCGCACAUUGUGGAUAAUGAGCACUUUGUAUCGAAGCACGGCAAAUCAAAUCAUCAGCUAUGGAACGAACUCUGCGAUCUAAUAUCGAAGCAUCCCCACAAGGUGCAUUCACUCAAUGUGGAUUCGAUCAUUCGUGGUGGCUUGCGUCGCUACACAGAUCAGUUGGGCCAUCUUUGGAACUCCUUGGCUGACUAUUAUGUGCGUUCUGGUUUAUUCGAUCGUGCUCGCGACAUAUACGAGGAAGCUAUUCAAACUGUGACUACAGUGCGAGAUUUUACCCAAGUUUUCGAUGAGUACGCGCAGUUUGAAGAGCUGUCGUUGAAUAAGCGCAUGGAACAAGUGGCCAAUGAUGCAGAUGCGAACGAAGAGGAUGACAUUGAUGUAGAGCUCCGUUUGUCUCGCUUUGAAUACCUCAUGGAGCGUCGAUUACUGCUGCUCAACAGCGUAUUGCUUCGUCAGAAUCCGCACAACGUGCACGAGUGGCACAAGCGUGUUAAGUUGAACGAGGACAAACCGGAGGAGAUCAUCAACACUUACACCGAGGCCGUGCAGACUGUUCAGCCGAAGCAGGCGGUGGGUCAACUGCACACUUUGUGGGUGGAGUUUGCCAAGUUCUACGAGACCAACGGCCAGUUGGAGGAUGCCCGUGUGGUAUUCGAACGUGCAACUCAAGUGGAGUUUGUCAAGGUCGAGCACUUGGCUGCAGUGUGGUGUGAAUGGGCCGAGUUUGAGCUGCGCCAACAACAGUUCGAAGAGGCUCUCAAGUUGAUGCAUAGAGCCACAGCCGUACCAAAGCGGAAGGUGGCAUAUCAUGACGAUACGGAAACGGUGCAAACACGUCUAUAUAAAUCACUAAAAGUGUGGUCCAUGUACGCCGAUCUUGAGGAGUCGUUUGGCACGUUUAAAACUUGUAAAGCAGUCUACGAACGUAUCAUUGACCUGAAGAUUUGUACGCCGCAAAUCAUCAUCAAUUAUGGCUUGUUUUUGGAAGAGCACAAUUACUACGAGGAAGCCUAUCGUGCCUACGAAAAGGGCAUCGCGUUGUUCAAAUGGCCAAAUGUCUAUGACAUUUGGAAUUCGUAUCUAUCCAAGUUUUUGGAACGCUAUGGCGGCACCAAAUUGGAGCGUGCACGUGAUCUGUUUGAACAGUGUCUGGACCAAUGUCCGCCGGAGCAUGCCAAGUACUUCUAUUUGCUGUAUGCCAAGCUCGAGGAGGAACACGGAUUGGCGCGUCAUGCCAUGGCUGUUUAUGAUCGAGCCACUAGCGCCGUGAAGGUUGAGGAAAUGUUUGAUAUGUACAACAUUUUCAUUAAAAAAGCUGCCGAGAUUUAUGGUCUUCCGCGCACACGAGAAAUCUAUGAGAAAGCUAUUGAAGCUUUGCCAGAACAGCACAUGCGUCACAUGUGUGUCAAGUUUUCCGAGUUGGAGACCAAACUGGGCGAAGUGGAUCGUGCCAGAGCAAUCUAUGCGCAUUGUUCGCAGGUUUGUGAUCCUCGAAUAACCGCCGAUUUCUGGCAGACUUGGAAGGAGUUUGAAGUGCGCCACGGCAACGAGGACACAAUGCGAGAGAUGCUGCGCAUUAAGAGAUCCGUGCAGGCAACCUACAAUACCCAGGUCAAUAUGAUGGCUGCCCAAUUCCUCAACAAAGGCACUGCCGCUGCUGAUGCUGGCGCUGGCGCAGAUGCUAUGCGUCAGCUGGAGGAGAAGGCGAGGCAGGCGGCGGCUGAGGCCAAGCAGAGUCAACCAGAGAGAGCUGCUUCGAAUAUUAUGUUUGUGCGUGGAGAGACGCAAGGCGGUGUCAAGGAUAAGCACAACACUGUUGUCAAUCCCGACGAGAUCGAUAUUGGCGACAGCGAUGAAGAGGAUGAAGAUGAGGACGAGGAAAACGCAGAAAAUGAGGAAACGUCAAAUGGAGCAGCAGUCACAAAAGCCGAUGAUGAAGGUCUCGCAAUGAAGAAGCUGCGAUUCGAGCAAAAAACUAUUCCUGCUAAAGUCUUUGGUGGGCUUAAGCCCAAAAAUCGUGAGGAUUCGGAUGAGGAAUAACAAAAAUAACAUCAAACUUUUUUCUAACAUUAUUAUUUGAAACACGAUUUAAUUGGCAAUAUUUUAUAUUUCUUCUACAAUGAGUGUCUCUGAAAAAAUAAAACUGAAAGCUGACAAUUUGGCAGCCAUAUUAAAAA